AUGUUCCACCAACAUGUACCACCAACAUGUACGCCAACAUGUACCACCAACAUGUACCACCAACAUAUACCACCAACAUUUACCACCAACAUGUACCAUCAAUAUAUACCAACAACAUGCACCACCAACAUGUACCAUCAUCAUGUACCACCAACAUGUACCAUCAACAUGCACCACCAACAUGUACCAUCAACAUGCACCACCAACAUGUACCACCAACAUGUACCAUCAACAUGCACCACCAAUAUGUACCACCAACAUGUACCACCAACAUGCACCAUCAACAUGUACCAUCAACAUGCACCACCAACAUGUACCACCAACAUGUACCAUCAACAUUCACCACCAACAUGCACCACCAACAUGUACCACCAACAUGUACCAUCAACAUGUACCACCAACAUGUACCAUCAACAUGCACCACCAACAUGUAGAACCAACAUGUACCAUCAACAUGCACUAACCCUAACCCCUAACCCUAACCCUAACCAACAUGCACCACCAACAUGUACCACCAACAUGUACCAUCAACAUGUACCAUCAACAUGCAUCACCAACAUGUACCAUCAACAUGUACCAUCAACAUGUACCAUCAACAUGUACCAUCAACAUGUACCAUCAACAUGUACCACCAACAUGUACCACUAA